UGGGGCUGGGGCUGGUAGCCCACCGGUUCCUGUCCCCUGCUGGCAACCCCUUCGCCCGGCCCCCCACGGACCCUCCCCGGCCGCUGGUGACGGAUCAGCGGGCGCGUGACAGGGUGCUGAAGCGGGGGUUCAGCGCUGCGCGCGUGCCGCGGGCCCUGGAUGCCGUGGUCAUCGGCAGUGGCAUGGGUGGCCUGGCGGCGGCCGGCACCCUGGCCAAGGUGGGCAAACGGGUGCUGGUGCUGGAGCAGCACGACCAGGCCGGCGGGUGCUGCCACACCUUCCAGGAGCAGGGCAGCGAGUUCGACGUGGGCAUCCACUACGUGGGGCAGAUGCACGAGGGCAGCAUGCUGCGCGUGGUGCUGGACCAGCUGACGGAUGGGCAGCUCUGCUGGCAGCGCCUGCCCGACCCCUACGACGAGGUGGCCCUGGGUCCCCGCCGCUACCAGCUCCGCGCCGGCAAGGCCGCCUUCGCCGCCGCGCUGGAGGAGCAGUUCCCCACCGAGAAGGAGGCCAUCCGGGAGUUCAUGAGGCUCUCCAAGAUGGCCUCGAGGCACGUGGCGCUGCUGGCGCUGCUGAAGAUGGUGCCGCGGUGGCUGGCCGCCCUGCUGCUCCGCACCGGCCUCGUGCACCGCAUCUCGCCCGUCUUCCGCAUGGCGGCCACCAACCACAGCGAGGCCGUGGCCCGGCUGACAGCCAACCAGGACCUGCGCGCUCUGCUCGGCUACCUCUUCUAUGGCACGGCGCCGCGGGACUCCAGCUUCCUGAUCAACGUGCUGAUGGUGCACCACUACCAGCGGGGCGCCUGGUACCCGCGGGGGGGGGCCAGCGAGAUCGCCUUCCAUGCCGUGCCCCUCAUCGAGAGGGCCGGGGGGGCCGUGCUGGUGCGCGCCCCUGUCACCCGUGUCCUCGUCUCGCCCGCUGGCACCGCCGUGGGGGUGGCCGUGCAGAAGGGGCUGAGCGAGGAGGAGGUGGAGAUCUUGGCGCCCGUCGUCAUCUCCGACGCCGGCAUCUUCAACACCUUCGGCAAGCUGCUGCCCGCCCCGCUCCGCAGCCACCCGGUGUCCCCAGUGUCCCCUCCGGGAGCGGGAUGGCAUCGUCCCCAGCCCUCCCACGUCCCCGCAGGCGUCCGCUCCCGCCUGGCCAUGGUGCGCCAUGGCAUGGGCUCCUUCCUGGUGUUCGUGGGGCUGCGGGGCAGCGCGGCCGAGCUGGCCCUGCCCGCCACCAACUUCUGGAUCUACCCCCACAACAACCUGGAUGCCAUGAUGACCCGCUAUGCUGCCCUGCACCGUGACGACGUCCCCGAGAACCUGGCUAUGAUGUUCAUCACCUUCCCUGCUGCCAAGGACCCCACCUACGAGGAGAGGCACCCAGGCCGCUCGUGCAUGACCAUCCUGACCAUGGCGCGGUACGAGUGGUUUGAGGAGUGGGCCGGCACCCACGCCAAGCACCGGGGUGCUGAGUACCAGCAGUACAAGGGGGCCAUCGCCCAGCGGCUGCUGGAGCGCGCGCUGCAGCGCUUCCCCCAGCUCCGCGACAAGGUGGAGUUCGUGGAGGCGGCGUCGCCGCUCACCAACGAGCACUACCUGGCGGCGCCUCGCGGCGAGAUGUACGGCACCGAGCACGAUGUCGGCCGCUUCACCCCGGACGUGGUGGCCGCCAUGAGAGCCGAGACGCCCGUGAAGAACCUCUACCUGACUGGGCAGGAUGUGUUCAGCUGCGGGCUGGCGGGGGCCCUCCAUGGGGGGCUGCUCUGCGCCUCUGCGGUGCUGGGCCGCGUGCUCUACCUGGACCUGCUGCUCCUCAAGAAGAAGAUCAAGCGGCGCCGGGGCCGGCAAGUGGCGUGA